UGCCUCCACAUGCCAUACCUCUCUCUCUCUCUCUCUCUAACUUAUUUAAAGCUACAUCCUUCUCAUUAAUACCAGAAAUGGCUGUCCUCAGCACUUUUUGAUGGUGCCUGUGAGCUUCUCCACGGCAACCCUGCCAUGGACGUUAAGCACCAAGCUCCCUUUCCCAUCUCGUACAGACACAAACUUUCCUGCACCUGACCGCACACUACCCUUUAUUGAGUCACCCACCCACCUCAGUACAAGUACACAUACUCCCCCAUACAUGUACAUGCACCGGCGUACCAGUUUUGAUGUUAUAAUACUAUACGUCUCAAUGUCAUCGCUGGUUUUAGUUUCCUUCUCUCUCUCUCUCUCUCUCUCUCUCUGUGGAUGAGGAGGACUAAGACCCUAAACUGGUUUACUCUCCACAUGGAUUCGCGGAGCAGUGCUCAACUGGUGGGCCCCGAAGAGACAUUUAGAGCUCACCCACUGUGGCUAGCUUCGUGAUGCGCGUCCACUUAGCUCCUCUGCUCAACGCCUCUGCUCUCUCUGCACUCUCUCUCUCUUCUCUGAGUUGAGUUGAUAAAGGAAUCAUGGAUGGGUGAAAGCAAAGUGAGCAGCUCGUGUUGUUGAGGAGGUCUCUUCUUCUUCCUUUUUAACUGUGGCUGGGGUGAGCCUUACCUUUUGGGAAUCGUUGGGUAACGGUGUAAAUGUGCGAUCUGGAUCAUGGGAAAGAAGGGGAGCAGCUCGUGGCUGACGGCGGUCAAACGGGCGUUUAGAUCGCCGUCCAAGGACUCCGAGAAGAAGGCCUCGAAGCAGCGAGAAGAGCCGGAGCAAGAGGAAGAAGAGAAGCACAAGAAGGAGAAGAGGAGAUGGUUGUUCCGGAAGUCGUCGGCGCACGAGCAACAGCCGCAGCAAGGGCAACAAACGAGGACGCCGCCACCGCCGCCGCCUCCGCAGGCAGCGGUGACGCCGGAGCAAAGGCACGCCAUUGCUCUGGCUGUGGCCUCGGCUGCGACGGCGGAGGCGGCUGUAGCGACUGCGCAGGCGGCGGCGGAGGUGGUGCGCCUCACCCAGCCUUCAUCUAGCUUCGCCAAGGAGCAGCACUACGCCGCCGUUGUCAUCCAAACUGCCUUUCGGGGAUACCUGGCGAGGAGGGCGUUGCGGGCUCUGAAGGGGCUCGUGAAACUGCAGGCGCUGGUGAGGGGGCACAACGUCCGGAAGCAGGCAAAGAUGACCUUGAGAUGCAUGCAAGCCCUGGUGAGGGUUCAGGCGAGGGUGAGAGACCAGCGCAUGCGGCUCGCCCAGGAGUCGUCGUCGGUGGUCUCCCGCGGCAGCAACAAGUCCUCCUUCAGCUGCGACACCUCCCUCUGGGAAUCCAAGUUCCUCCAGGAGCUCGCUGAGCGGAGAUCCAUGUCCAGAGAUGGGAGUAGCUUUGCAGAUGAUUGGGACGACCGCCCGAGAACGAUCGAGGAGAUCCAGGCGAUGCUGCAAAGCCGAAAGGAGGCUGCUCUGAAACGAGAACGGGCGCUCUCCUACGCCUUCUCUCAUCAACUCUGGAGAUCCGACCGGAACCCUUCGCCCGCGCUCGACGAAGACGCGGACCACGAGGUGGCCUCGGCGGGAGAGCAGAUGCCGAUCCGGUGGAUGGAUCGCUACAUCGCGUCGAGGUCGUCCUUCGACAACAGAGCCAGCAGCAGGGCGGCGCGAGCCUCCACCGACCACCGAGAUCCCAUCAAGACCUUGGAGAUCGACACGUCUCGACCCUUCUCUUACUCCGCCCCCGUCAACCCCCGCCGGCCGACGCCACCACCGCCAGGCAUGCAGCACGCUUGCUCCCCUCUCCACCGCGCCCAGCACCAGCACUACCAAACCCACUCGCCCGUCACGCCCUCGCCGUCCAAGACGCGGCCGUUACAGGUCCGCUCGGCCAGCCCUCGCUACGGGAGGGAGGACCGGGGCUUCUCCACCGUCCACACGCCCAGCUACCACAACCACCACGGCGCGGGAGCCUCGCGGCAGCAUCCCCCGGCGAUGGUGCCGAACUACAUGGCGGCGACAGAGUCGGCAAAGGCGCGGGUGCGAUCGCAGAGCGCGCCGAGGCAGCGACCGGCGACGCCGGAGCGGGACAGGGCCGGAUCCGCCAAGAAGCGCCUCUCCUUCCCGGCGCCGGAUCCUUACGGGUACUCGCAGAGCCUGCGGAGCCCGAGCUUCAAGAGCGCGACGGGGCGGUUCGCGGGGGACCCGCGCUCCAAUGUGUCGUCCUCGUGUAACGACAGCCUCGGCGGCGAGGUGUCCCCGUCCUCGACGACGGACCUCCGGCGGUGGCUCCGAUGAGAAGCUGGGUGGCGGUCCAAUUGUAGGUUUCUUGCUUUCGUUCUGGUCAUCCUGUUGGUGUCAUUUGGUUCCGUGCCAUGGGGAGAACUCGGAGUACAUGUGGACGCGGCCUGCAGCGGCAGAAAAGGUAGUCGGUGGCGUUGGGUUGGUAGCCGCCGCCGCCGCCGCCGCCGCCGCAGAGCGUGCAGGGUGUGCGUGCGUUGGGUUGGUCUCCACUUAUGGGAAAUCAUAGAAGCUGCGGUCACAUCUUGGGCUUCGAGCACAGGAAGUGGAAGGAGUGACGGGAAGAAGAGCAGUAGCCCACCCUCUAGUGGAUUCUUCUUUGGUUCUUUUGACUGCCGUGCUGUGUGUUUGGUCGUUCAUUGUUGCUUGGUUCAUUCACUCUCUUGUUUUGGUGUGCUGUGGUACCUGACCGCAUUAUCUAAUAAGAUGAGAGUGGGCAUGUCUGCAGAGCA